AUGUAACAAUCUACUGCAAAAAAUCUAAGGGACUUACUGAUAAAACAAUAAAUGAAUUCUAAGAUUCAUUUUAAAGGUGAGCCAAUAAAAGCAGCAGUUAGAAAGCAAUCUGGAACUUGGGAAUGUUAAUGUAAUUAAAAACAUUGUGCAAUAUGUACUCGUAAGAAAGUGAAUUAGAGUCCAAUGAUUAGAUAAUAAUAAGAUUCAAAAAGAGAUAUAAAGGUUGGUAGUUCAAUAUCAGCUCAUUAAUCACCUAAUAGAGAGAAAUAAAGUUAAUUAUUGAUUAGUCGUCAACCAUCAGCAAAGAAACCAUAAUAUGCAGAUAAUAUCAUAUAUCAUAAAAGUAGUAUUAGCAACUCCUAAGUGUAUGAACAUAGUUAUCAAUUAAAAAGUAAGGUAGUAGUACCAAAAAAAGUAGAGAGUAAAAGUAUGUUGAGUAAUACAUAGAUGUCAUUUAAAUUGAAAUUAGCUAGUAAAUACAACUCUGCUAAUUCAGUUAAUUCAAUCAAUUCAUAAUCUCGAUCUGAAUAAAUAUUAAACUCAAUAUCUGAAUCAACUCCUAAUUCUCCUAAAAAAGAAAAAAUAUCUCAUGGACGUAAAUCUGAAUUAAAUGAUAAAACAUAAUUAGUGGCAUAAUAAAUUGAAACUAUUCCUCCUGAAAUUGUAGGACGUUAACAUUUUAAAUUUUUAUAUGUUAUUGGAAAAGGAGGAUUUGGAAGAGUGUGGAAAGUAGAAAUGAAAAAAAAUAAAAAAAUGUAUGCUUUAAAAGAAAUGUCGAAAGCUAAAAUUAUAUAAAAACGUAGUGUAAAUUCUGUACUAAAUGAGAAAUAUUUGUUAGAACAUUUACAUCAUCCUUUUCUUGUGAAUAUGUCAUAUGCAUUCUAAGAUAGAGAAAACCUAUUUCUAAUCAUAGAUCUUUUAACAGGUGGUGAUUUAAGAUUUCAUUUAGGAAAAAUUAGACGAUUUAGCGAAGCAUAAACAAGUAUCAUUCUUUAUUAUAAUUAUCAGAGUUCUUUGUUGCUUGUAUUUUACUCUCUCUAACAUACUUACAUUAACAUGGAAUUAUUCAUAGAGAUCUAAAACCAGAAAAUCUAGUACUUGAAGAAGAUGGAUAUAUGAGAUUAACUGAUCUUGGAAUUGCACGUAUAAAUAAAGGUAAUAAUGCUGGAGAUACUUCUGGUACUCCUGGUUAUAUGGCACCUGAAGUCAUGUGUAGAAUGGAUCAUUCAAUUGUUGCAGAUUACUAUGCUUUAGGAGUCAUUACAUAUGAAUUAAUGCUUGGACGUAGACCAUAUAAUGGUAGAACUAGAUAAGACAUUCGUGAAUAAAUCUUAGCUAAAUAAGUUUAAGUUAGAAGAGAAGAAAUGCCUAAUUAUUGGAGUGAAAAUGCUAUGGAUUUUGUUAAUACAGUAUUAAUAGUAACUUAUUCAGUUAAUUUAACGUAAACCAGAAAGAAGAUUAGGAGCCAAUGGAAUUGAAGAAAUUCUUCACCAUCCUUGGCUUAAAGGAUUUCCAUGGGAUGAUCUAUUAAAAAAGAAACUGACAGCUCUUUAUAUUCCAGGAGUAAUAUAAAUAAUAAAAAAUUUAGGCUGUAGACAAUAAUUUUGAUUUUUAAAAUUAGAUAUCUGAAGAGACUUAAUUGAAUGAUGAAUAAUUACUUGAGAAUUAAGUGAUGCUUCGUCGAGAUACUGUUUAAGGUAAUAAAAAAAAUAUGUAAAUAGCAUUAUUUGAUGGUUAUCAAUAUGAUGUCGAUCUCUCAAAAUUAUAGCAUCAAUAAACUCAAAAAAAUACACAGAGAAGAUUUUAAUAAUCGCCAGACAAAAAAUGA